AGUGCAUCGUGGUGUGUGACAGCAACGGGAACAUCUUCGUGCACUGUACAGACGCCGGCAAAACUUUUCGCUCGAACAUCGCGUUCCGCGCGGCGCCGACGUCUCCCAUCGAAAGAAAGUAGAAAAAUAUGAUUCGGAUUCUCCGCUGACGAAGGACUCCAUAGUUUGUCUUCGGGGGGUUACAUUCACUGCCCCGUCCGAGUUGAGAGCCGGUUCCCGAACUCCACGAAGAAGCAGGACAACAGGUGGUUGUGGCGUCAGCUGUGUUCAUCGACGAUUCUCGGCAACGAUACGUCAACAGCGAGUCGUGCCGGAGGGAACCCCGACGAUCGGCGUCUGGGACGACGUCGCCGUGUUCGUUGCGCGUAGCGGGCGGAGUUGGCGGAGUCUUGAGCCCAUGGGCGGACGCUCUGUCCGUCCCAGCACGAGGUCGGCGUCCGGGCCCUGACUUGCGCGUUCGAGUGGAAAGCCGAGGGCGCCGAGUUUGAGUACCGGCGGGGGGAGGUUCGGCCCCGGUGUUUGCUUCGUUCUGUGUUAUGCUCGGACUGCUGGCGAUAUGCCUGUGCUGUCGGCUCUGCCUCGUGGCGCUGUGGAUUACUGACGGUCUGGCAGACGGGAUAAGCAAUCAAGUGGUCAAGGGCGAGCGUGGACAAGAUGUGUGGCUGCCAUGUGACGUCGACUCCGAGCACGACGACAGCCCGGCCAAGGUGCUCUGGUACGCGCCGGCAAAGCACCCCGUCGCCAAGAACACCGAAAAGAAACACAACAACAACGACAACCAGAACGAUAACAACAACACGGCUCUCUGGGCGUCCCUGGACGCCACGCCGUUCUACAUGGUGGAGGACACGCAGCGUCGGGGCAUCUGGAACGGCCAGCACGCCAUCGGCAUUUCCUGGGCCGGGAGGGCGUCCUUCUCGGUGGCCCGGAGCCCCGCCGCGCUCCGCAUCACCCAGGUCGAGCUCCAGGACGCCGGGACCUACCUGUGCACCGUGGCCUCCCACCGGGGGGCUCUGCGCAACUCGACCGUGUCCCUCGUCGUUGGAGUGUCUCCCGGCGUUCCCACAAUCCUGACGUCAGACGGCACGGCGGUCGAUGGGCGCAUCGGACCUUUCUUGGUCGGGGACGACCUUCAUCUAGUCUGCGUCGUGGACAAAGGCUUGCCGAUUCCGACGAUCACGUGGCGUCGAGACGGCGUCGAGGUCCUGCGAGAGGUGGUCCCAGGCGCCACGGAUCUAGACGGCGUCGUGCGUAGCACCAUCGCCAUCGACAGCCUGACGCGCGACGACCUGCUCAUGGAGCUGAGCUGCGAGACGAGCAACACCAUCGGAGGCCCCUUCGAAGCUGCCGUCACCGUAGACCUCACACUGGAGCCCCUCUCUGUGAAGAUCCAGAACCCGCAGCGGUCGUUCGAGGUGGACGUUUCGGCCGAGUUCCGGUGCCUUGUGGUUGGCUCCAGGCCCCUUCCUCAGGUAUCCUGGUGGUUGGACGAGCAGAGGCUGGAACCGUUCUUCACGGACGAGAAGGCCAACGUCACCGCCAUCGUGCUCCUGCUCGUACUCACGGCGGAGUCGGACAAGGCCACGCUCACGUGUAGGGCGCGGAACCCUAGACUCGACGGGCAGCUCUGGGAAGACUCCAUCAUCCUCAACGUUUUCCACGCUCCUCGUGCCACACUCCGGCUGGGGCAGGGCCUGCGGCAGGAGCGCAUCCACGAGGGCCAGGACGUGUACCUGGAGUGCGGGGUGCGAGCCAACCCCUGGGUCAACGACGUCUCCUGGACUCUGGACGGGGAGCCCCUGGAGGGCAACGGCACCACCCACCAGGGCCUCCUCGUGCACGAGCAGUACCUCGUGCUCCGCAACGUGACGGCCAAGUUCAGCGGCACCUACUGCUGCCACGUGCGGAACACCAGGGGCGCCGCGCUCAGCAACCUCCUGCAGCUCAGGGUGCAGUAUGCUCCCAGCUGCAAGAAAGGAAUGCAAGAGGUGUUUCGCUACUCGACGUCCAGGGAGGAGUUGUCCAUUCCCUGCGAGAUGGACGCAGACCCCGAGGACCUCACUUUCCGCUGGGUCAUGAAGAACAACUCGGAGGGUCCCUGGACGCAGGUCAGGGACCUGGUCAGCUUCUCGUCCAACGGGACCCGGAGCCUGGCCCGCUACAAGCCCGCCGUGGCCACCGAGUUCGUGUCGCUGCUCUGCUGGGCCAACAACUCGGUGGGGCCGCAGAAGACGCCCUGCACGUACUUUGUAGAACCCCACGGCGCCCCCAAGGCCCUGUCCGGCUGCGCGGUGGUGAACCAGGCCAUGACCUGGUUCUUCGUGCGCUGCUCGCUGGACGAGGACCGUCCGGCGGACCAGGAGUGGUACCUGCUCGAGGUGUACCACGCCGACUCGGGCACUCUGUUGGGCAACGUGACCGCCAAGGGCCGCCCCGUCUUCCACGUGGACGACAUCCCGCCGGCCACUGAGUGCCUGGCGCUCGCCUUCGCCGUCAACGACCAUGGAGGGCGCUCCGAGCCCACCAGGGUCGUGGUGCAGGCCAUUCCGCCGCCGUCCAAGUUGCUCACCGGAGGCAGCGCGUCCUUUUUGUCGGAAAGUAGCCCUUUCUUGGCGGGGACAAUUCUUCUAUCCCUAGCAUGGAGCAGUUGCCUCGUCCGAGCUUCGUGGACCACUACUCAAUUCGAUGGCUGUACCCUAGGCGUGAGGUGAAGGGACCCGUCUUAGAAGCAUCGCAAACUCACCGACGACGGACACUUUGCAGCGAUGAAGAGAUGACGAAAAAGCAACGGAGGAGCGGGGACAUCCGGCAGAUUACUCGUCGAAACUUCUUCUGCGAAUGACGUCCUGGAGGAGAAAUGUUGAAUGAGCACGGGCAAAGAAUAAUCGUCACAACGGCAAGAACGAGAACCAACAAGAGAAGAUAGAGCGCAACAUGACACCACGGGGCUGUGUAUCAAGACUGCUAAACUCUGUGAACUGUGCCUUAAACCCGUGAAGAGCAAGACCACGAAGGCCGUGCUGUGGACUCUCAAACAGUGUCAGCGGAAGUUCUACCGGAAACUUGGCGCCAGAUUGCCGAGGAUCAAACAGAAGAAAUGGGGUCGCGUGUUUGUUUGUUGUUGCGCGCUAUAGCUUGUUAGCGGAUUUUUUGAAGAACUGGAAAAAAAAAUAUUUAUGAAUUUCUCAGACGAAAAAACAAAAACAGAAAAAGAAACAACUUAGGUGGGACGAACUGACCGAAGGAAUUGUUUGUUUUACGGAGCACGUUUCAGAGCUUUUUCUCUAAUGAUGAGUGCUCCAUAUAAAGAGUAUUGAUAUACGUUGCAAAUUUCGACAAGACAGAAGGUGUACUUACCAGAUGCUCGCAAGAAGCCGCGGUUGUUGUCACGGUGCAGAAUUGCCGGUAAAUUUUUGAAGUAUCGGAGGCAUACAGUGUAAUCCUUGCUCCCGUGCGAAAAUCUCCGAUUAAGUUUCAGAGCAUUUGAGCUAACGAACUUGUUCUUCGUGGUUAUCUUUAGCGAGUCAUAAUUUUUGCAAUCAACUCUUUAUAGGGUUACGGUCAAGAGGAAAGCUCCCACGUCGCACUCUAAGUCUUGAAGGCAAAUUCUGCCGCGAAUUACGUGGGAACAUCUGACCGUCCGAUGUCGGUUCAGUUGCCCGACUUCUCCCUAAAACUCGCUACCGGCUGAACGCAACAAACGCGUUCAAAUCAAACUCGGCGCUUCGCGAAGUCUCCAACACACUCGCUGCCUCGUACUGUUUGUUGAAAAUAAAGAAAC